ACACACACACACACACACACACACACACACAGAAGCUUUACAAGUUCUGAUACAUGACUUCUGAAUUUUCGAAAUGAUCGCAGUUUUAUUAUUCUUGAUAUUUCUGCUAGUUGGAUUAGUAUACAAAUAUUUGUUUAAUGAUGAUAUACAAAAAGAUAUUUUCUCUUGCUGUAAAGGUUGUCGACACGUACAUGCCUUGCCUCUGAUAAUGCAUUGCGGGACAAAUCUAGAGGACAAUAAAUUAUUAUACGCUCUCAACAAAGUAUCACAUCCGAAUCUGGAUUUUUACCAAAAUAGAAUCAAGUCUGAACCCAACGGUGAUUUCAUUGAAAAUAUUCUACGUAAAUGGUCUCAGAAUUAUGAGUGUCUGGAGAAGAAAGCAGGUUAUGUUGAAUGGUUAUUUCCAACUCCAGAAGAUGCAACGUCUCACAAAUAUUCUUCACCACUCACUUGUUAUGAAUCUCGUAUAAUGCAAAAUGACAUUAAAAUCCAAAAAAGAUACCUUCGCAGUUUCAGAAUGAUGCUAAACUUUUUGGGUUUUCAAUUAACAAAGUCUAUGCAGAUUGUUCUCACUCCAGAAGUUAAUCAAAGAUUCUGUCAUUUACAAAAGAACCCACACAACUAUGAACACUUUACAAGAAUCAUGAUCUCUUUGAAAUGUCUGGGUUACAGUAAAUUACAGAAGAAAUGGGUACAAUUCAUCACUAACCUUAUUAACAUUGGAUUUUUAGCAGAUGCAAAAGAUCAUUAUUCUAACAGCUGGUUAAAAAUAUGAGAUAAUGAAUUUGAACAAAUAGACUGUCACAUAUUAUUCAGAAGAACAGAAGAUAUCUUGAUGAUGAUAUUGUUUUGAAGAAAAUAAAAAUUAAUAACAAAAGAAGUAAAAACAACAAAAUAUUAAUUUUU